AUGUCCCCAACCGUCUCUGUGAAGCCUGCUGCUGCUGCUCCAACAGCAGCAGCAGCAACAACAAAGGCGAGGGGCCCCCGAGGGGGCCCCUCCGGGGUGUCCCCCAAGGGGCGGCGGCACGAGGGCCCUGAAGAUGAGCAGACACCUGCAGAAGCAGCAGCAGCAGCAGCAAUUGAUGCCAUUGUUGCUGCUGGUGCUGCGCUGCUGCAGAAAAGAGCAGCAGACAGAAACUGCUUCGCAUUUGCUGCUGCAGCAGCAACUCAUUCAAUACUUAAUAUCCUCAGACUCUCCCACAUCACUAUAGACCCAGGGGAGCCAACAGACCUAAUCAGCAGGCCCCAGGGGCCCCCAUUGGGGGCCCCUGGGGGCCCCCUGGGGGUCCCUGGGGCCCCCCUGGGGGCCCCCACAGGGUAUCCCACAGGGGCCCCCACAGAACCCCACACCGACCAACAAGGGGCCCCCGUUGGCGCCUCCAUAGAGGAGGCUGGGGGCCCCCCUGGAGGGCCCCCCAGCGGGCUUCUUUCGGGGGCCCUCAUGGAAAACCCUCAAGGGGCCCCUAGGGGGCCCCCCAGCGAGCCAAACGUGGGGGCCCCUGUGGGGCCCUCUGUGGGGGCCCCUGCGGAGGCCGCUGGGGGGGCCCCCACGAAUGGCGCUGUGGGGGCCCCUGUGGGGGCCCCCAUGAAUGGCCCUACGGGGGCCCCCGUGGGGGCCCCUGGGGAGGCCCCGGGGCGGGCCCCUGGGGGGGCCCCUGGGGGGGCCCCCUGGGAUGUACCCCCUAUGCCUGUGCAUGGGUGUCAAGACAGCUGGGCCCCCGGCUGCUGCGGCAUUAAGCCUUUAGACCCUUUGCUGCUGCAGCAGCUAGAAGCAGCAGAAAAGAGAAGAGCAGAAGUAGCAGCAAGAAGGUGCGCGCUGCUGCGGAGAAAGGGCACGCUCUUUGCUGCAGUGUCGAAGAUUAAAUCCCCUGCUGCAGCUGCUGCUGCUGCUGCAGCAACUGCGAAAACGGAUAGGCGCGCAGCAGCAGCAGCAGCAGCAGCAGACAGAGGGAAACUCCAGAAGGCUUCGACCGAGAAGAAACAGCUGCCGCAGCAAACGCCAAAACAGCAGCAGCAGCAGCAGCAGAAACCGCAGCAAAAACAGCAGCAGCAGCAGCAGCAACAACAACAAAACCAGCAGCAGCAACAGCAGCAACAGCAGCUGCAGCAAAGUGAAGACUCAAAGCAAGCAGCGGGGAACACGCCUGCUGCUGCCAGCAGCAGCGGCUCGUUGGCUGACAGCUGUAAUGAAAGCACUUCAAAUUAA